AUGGAAUUUGGAAAUAUAACGUACAGAAAACCAAAACGCUCUAGUUCGUUACAAGAUAUGUCAGAUCUCAAUUCCUCUUCUACACUGUUUGACGCAACCGUGGCAAGCUUACCGAAUGCAUCUCUAUAUGAAAGUCAAAAUAAUAUUGAUUUAAAUGAAAAAAUAAAUAAACUGUCGAGUGACUUAUUAAUUGCUCAUCAAGAAAUAGAUAAUCUCAAUAGUGAAAAUACUAGUUUAAAGUUAGAAAUUGAAAAAUACCAAAGAAUAAUUAAAACAUUUAAAAAAAUUACUACAUAUUCCUCAUGUAAUACGACACCUGCAUCAGUGAACAAGAGACGACAAACUUUGCAGAUACCAGAACAAAAUCUACUGUGUACACCUAUAAACAGAAUAGAAAUGUCAGAGUGCAGUAUUAACGAAAUCAAAGACAAAGAACAAGAAUUAGUCAAUAACAUAGAAAAAACAGAUAGCUCAAAUCAUCUGCCUAACACAUCAUGUCACAUUCAUCUAGAGAAAGAAGAUAUUCACAAAGAACACACGGAAGUAAUUGCAACAGACACAAAUACUAAUACAUCUCUUAAUACUCCAAAAACUCAACUAGGAAACACUUUGCCAUAUUAUAUAAGAGAAAAAAAUGACAAUUACAAAUUAGCUACAUUUAAGAUGCGAAGGAAAAUAAUUGUUAUUGCUGACCAACAAGGGCGAAAUAUUUGCAAAACUCUUCAAAAAUUAAUUGGCGAUAAUUUUCUUGUAACUUGUUAUUGGAAACCAGGAGCUAAAAUACAGGAAGUCUUACAAACAGAAAAGAACGAAAUAUGUAAACUUACAAAAAAAUGA